ACUAAAUCGAUCGACAACCUAAGGGAGAUCGUUCUCAUUCAGCUUUUAGUUCAUACCUUUUCCAAUUUAUUCAUCUUAAGUUUCACCCUGCGACUGGUAAGCUAAGAGUUACGACGAGUCCAAAUCCAGAUAAUAUUGCUGCAACAAAAAUGGCUGCCAGUGGUAUUUUUGGACGUGGCUUUUCUGUCCCAGUCCAAGGAUGUUUGUCACUUCACGACAGUUACCAUGAAACAAUCCAUCUGGAAUAUUUUCACAUUUCUGCCAAAUCCAACAUUUAUAAGUCUAGAAAACCAGGCUUUAAAAGUGGAAACUAUGGUGGAUUGGUUUUGUAUGGAUGCCGUGGGCUUGCAAGUUGGGUAACAAAAAAUGGCACACGUUGCGAAAAAGUUUGUAUUGUUAUAUUAAACACGGACUCCGAAGAAGUAAAAAAGUGUCAAUACCCAGGAAAAGAAGGCCAAGUUCAUGGUGCUAUUUAUGAAUGUGCUUUUGGAGAGAAGAUGGACAACACUGUCGUUGGUGAAGCUUUUUCUAUACAUAAUGAAAAAUUAAACUUUAACUCUGUGGCUUUCAACUGUAAUAAAGCAUACCGUGAUUGGAAAAAAGAAAUGAGUGAUAUCAGUCACAAAUAUAUAAAAUUAAUAAUUGAAAGUUGGAUUAAAGCAGGACCUUUGUCUCUAGGAAAGCUUAAAUUUAGUGUUUGGGAACUUGAUGAAAUGAUAGAAAAAAACAAUCAAGAAAAUCCAGUAAAAAGGGAAUUUGAAGAAAUGACGAUUCAACAAGACAAGGAAACUCCAAUUGAAAGUACAAAGUUAGAAACCAUGUCAUCCGACAGAGAUAGUCAGGUACAUUUAAGCAAAGUAGCAAAAGAAAGUCGAUCUAACAAAAAGGUAAAACUUUUGGUAAUCAGUCAUUAAUUUGCUAAUAUUCAAACAAGCACUAAGCAAAAUAAACAUAUACAAGACUAGAUUUCUUUUACUCUCGUGCAGUUUAUUGUGUUAUCAUAAUGUUUUGCACAU